AUGUGGUGGCUGCUGCUCUUUUUACCGGUGUGUGGAGAUGCACAAAUUCCUGACACAUUCACCUUGUCUGUUCCUGAUGGCCCACUCUCUGUUCAGAUGGGAUCCUCGAUCAUCCUGCCCUGUUCUUUCUCUCCUGCAUUCACUGUAUCACUGAAAGUGCGCUGGUACAGACCUGAUAAGUACAAAUCUCCAGUUCUGCUCUAUGAGAAGCAGCAGGUGCAGCAUCAGGCUGCUGACCCUCAGUACAGGGGCAGGGUGUCCCUGGUGGGGGAGCUGGAGAAGGGGAACGUGUCUCUGAAACUGGACAACGUCUCACCGGCAGACCAUGGAGAGUUUGUCUGUUUUGUUGCUGGGGAUAAGUGGUAUGAGCAGGCCAGUGUUCACCUCAAUGUGAAAGCUCUCCCAUCAACGAUGGGUUCCCCACCGGUCCUUUCAGUCACUGAUGGAGGCAGUGGGCAGGUGAAUGUUACCUGUGUGUCAGAUGGUUGGUUUCCACAGCCUACACUCACCUGGAGAAACAACAGAGGCACAGAGAUCCCCAGUCAGAACCAUCACAGUGCAACAUAUGCACAUGGACGUGUGACUGUAUCUUCCUGGCUGCUGCUCCACUCUUCUUCUGAUUCUGAGUGGGUUGAGUGCUCUGUUGGUCUGUCUGCAGAGGAGAGAAGAGAGAGCAGGAUCUUACCACACACCUCUAGGACUGACACAGUGGAUCUGGAGAGGACACUGAGGGACAGAGAGGCAGAGCUGGAGACUCUGAAACAGAAGAGUAAAGGUACAAGAGUUCUCUUCGGAACUGUGAAGAUUCCACCACACAGUCACAUCACCAAAUAUGGUCUCAGAUUUGAUGGUGCUUAUGUCCGUUAA